AUGGUCUCAGCAGAUAACAAGAACUGCCCAGGGGCCCAGGAGGGAUCAGCCUUAGGGCAGGCCCUCGUUACAGAGUGUACAGUGACAGGAAAUCAGUGCCUGGUGCCAGUGCAAGAGACCUGCAGGACCCAGGAUGAAGACAAGUGUACAACAGGACACUGCUCAGAGCCAAAGAACCAGGAAGAAGGGCUAAAGCAGGAGGAGAAGGGAAUAGAGCCGGAGGCAGAGACAGGAGAGGAGAAGGGCCCCAGGUCUUUGGGCUCCAUUGAUAGGCCCAGUCAUGGGCUGAAGGAGAAACCAGUCAAGACUGAAGCUGAGCUGCCAUCAGGGACACUGUUGCUGAAAAGGGAGGAGCCUGAGAGCAUUCAGAGUGAGCGCUCACCAUCUGCAAAACAGCACAAAAAAGCCAAGAAACGCAAGAGUCUGGGGGCUCCUGUGCUCCCAGCUGUGGCCAGCACAGUGUGUACAGCCCCAGAGAUGCUGGAGCGAAAAACCCAGCGCCUGAGGCCACUGUACCAGUACAUCAACUAUUGCAACCCUGAGCUGAACCAAGCAGAGGGGAACAGGGAGAUAAAGGUGGACCCUACGUUGGAGCUGGCCCUGGUUCCUGAAGAGUUGAGUUUGAAGCAGCUGCAGGCCUUACUGCCCAUGGCAGGUGAGCUGAGCUUAGGCCUUGCUUUGCCCUGCUCCAGUGCAUUAGUGCCGCCUACCCCUGCUCCGGUUCCCCUGGGCGAGCAGGCUGGAGUGCAGCCUGGGGGCUUGCCCAGCCUGUGGGUGAGUGCUGGCUGCCUCAAGGCCGAAGUGGAUAAGUCAACACAAAUAGACAUCGACAAGAUGCUGAGUGUCUGUGCUGCUCCCUUUGUGCCCCCACUGUCCCCUCAGUACAAGUGACUGUUGCUUCCUUGGGGUUCCCUUCCCUCCAGGCUUGAGCCAAGCCUCAGUCUGUUGGCCUAGACCAUUAUGUGAAGGAGGGAAUUCAGCCUC